ACUGGACGUGGACCUGGCGGGCUGGCUGGGCUUCCCGGGUGCCCCGUGCUGGCGGUGGCUGAGCGCCUGGCUGGGAGGCUUGGACCGCUCAGGUGGCUGAGCGCUGCCGGCUCCGGUGACCUUGGGCAGCUUCCUGACCACAGGUGCCCUCGCCGAUGUGCCCGGCCUCUGCCCGCCAUGCCGCCCGUCUCGGCCUUCCAGGCCGCCUACAUCAGCAUCGAGGUGCUCAUCGCGCUGGUGUCUGUGCCGGGGAACGUGCUGGUGAUCUGGGCCGUGCGGGUGAACCAGGCACUGCGGGACGCCACCUUCUGCUUCAUCGCCUCGCUGGCCGUGGCUGACGUGGCCGUGGGCGCCCUGGUCAUCCCGCUCGCCAUCCUCAUCAACAUCGGGCCGCAGACCUACUUCCACACCUGCCUCAUGGUCGCCUGCCCCGUGCUCGUCCUCACCCAGAGCUCCAUCCUGGCCCUGCUGGCCAUCGCCGUGGACCGCUACCUGCGCGUCAAGAUCCCGCUCCGGUACAAGACGGUGGUGACGCCCCGCAGGGCCGCGGUGGCCAUCGCCGGCUGCUGGAUCCUCUCCCUGGUGGUGGGCCUGACGCCCAUGUUCGGCUGGAACAACCUGGGUGCGGUGCAGCGGGCUUGGGCGGCCAACGGCAGCGCCGGGGAGCCCGUGAUCAAGUGCGAGUUUGAGAAGGUCAUCAGCAUGGAGUACAUGGUCUACUUCAACUUCUUCGUCUGGGUGCUGCCGCCGCUGCUGCUCAUGGCGCUCGUCUACCUGGAGGUGUUCUACCUGAUCCGCCGGCAGCUCAGCAAGAAGGUGUCGGCCUCCUCGGGCGACCCGCACAAGUACUACGGGAAGGAGCUGAAGAUCGCCAAGUCGCUGGCGCUCAUCCUCCUCCUCUUCGCGCUCAGCUGGCUGCCCCUGCACAUCCUCAACUGCAUCACCCUCUUCUGCCCAAGCUGCCACAAGCCCAGCCUCCUCACCUACAUCGCCAUCUUCCUCACGCACGGCAACUCCGCCAUGAACCCCAUCGUCUAUGCCUUCCGCAUCCAGAAGUUCCGGGUCACCUUCCUCAAGAUUUGGAACGACCAUUUCCGCUGCCAGCCCGCACCCCCCGUGGACGAGGGCCCCCCGGAAGAGAGGCCGGACGACUAGACUCUCCCUGCCCACAGCCAGAGCACCUCAGCGCGGCCCUCACUCCCCACCGUCCAACUGUCUCCAUGGGCCUCCGGGCCGGGCCGGGGGUGGGGGGGCUGUCCAUGGGGGGAGACCAGGCAACCUGGGGGAAGGAGGGAAGUGCCUUGAGCCACCCCACCUGCUGCCUGUCCCUGGGCAGCCCCUGCUUCAGGCAAAGGGGAGGCCAUCUCCGCUCAUGCAGGUGAGGGGCUCUCGUCUCAGCGGCUGUGACCCUGCAGCCUGGGACCAGGCCUCAGGAGGGAGGACAUCCCCUCCAAGAUGCGUGAAGAAGAUGCUGUCUCUGAAGGAGAAGGUGGCCCGAGCCAGUGAGGGGCAGCCAUGACGGAGCCUCA